AUUAACUUGGAGGACCACUGGAUUGUUUUUACUGUCUGCCCUGUGAAGUUCUUGCAAUUUGAGAAUGACAGAUGUCCAGUAUUGGAUCGCUCUGGGCACUUGCUAGCCACUUUUUUUCUGUCUUUUACCUAGAGCUGGCCUCUUCAGGUGCCACGUCAAUGCUCACCUUGAGCAAUGGAGAGGACCCUGGACACCGGAUAGGGUGGUUAUUACUAUGUCAGUGGCACAAGACAUUCAAGAGUACAUGGCCCUGCAAGGGGGCUGGGCAAGGGCAAGAUGUCAGAACUGGGAACCUGGCCUAUGUUCUUCAUUGUUUGAAGCCAGGCCAGUGGCCACACCUCAUGUCUACUUUUCUUCCCCAUUUUCAUUUCUUCUCUGACUUCUGAUCCCCUUUCUGGCACACUCCAACCACACCUAGGUGGUCUUCAGCUCUCACCCAUUUUGUUUCAUUGCUCCCUUUGCAGCACUCUCCAACAUUUGACCUACACUUACAAGGUUGUGAGGUCUGCACAUAUCCUUAAAUGUCCUUGAAGUGCAGUACCUCUGUUGUAGUCAGGUAUUCCUGGGCCUGGACACUACCUGCUACACAGUGCUCACCAGCAGCCACGCCUUGUUGAAAGCCAUUUGCAGAGCAGUGACUUGGAGACCUCCUCUGCUCCCUGCACUAUACCUGCCUCUGAAUGUUUGUGCCCCCCGCCCCCGCCAGAUUCAUGUGUUGAAAACCUCAUGUGCAAGGUUAGGGUAUUAGCAGAUAAGGCCUUUGGGGAGUGAUUAGGUUAGGAGGGCCAAGCCCUCAUGAAUGAGAUUAGUGCUUUUAUAAAAGAGACCCCACAGAGGUCUCUAGCCCCUUCCACUAUGUGAGGAACCAACAAGAAGUCUGCGACCCAGAAAAGGGCCCUCACCCAGCCAUGCUGGUAUCCUGAUCUUGUCGUUCCAGCCUCCAGAACUCCUGACGGGACUAAGAUGUUAACCCUUCAUUGGGUUCUUCCUCAUCGUCAGGGCUCUCUGAUCCAACUCUACACAGCAGGCCUUCCUCUCCCUGGCUCUGGCCGCCUUUCCUGUCAGCAGUCCCAUGGGCUUACUUGUGGCUGUUGGCAUGGAGCCCAGGACGAGGAGUCCCCUUCUGAGGAAAGUGUUUCUGUGGGAGAGUCACAGGUUAGGACUCCAAAGCCAGAUCCAUCCACCCACAAGGCCCAGGCCUGUGAGAUGUGUGGCCCACUCUUGAAAGAUGUUUUGUGCCUGGCUGAGCGCAAUGGAAUGUACCCUGAUCGAAGACUAUACAUUUGUGGGACAGAGCUUUACCAGCACCAAAUGGAGCAGAUUGGAGACAGACUUUCCAAAAGGGAUGAGGGGAAGCCUUCAUUUGUGAUGAAUGGCAGUAGUCACAUGACAGAGGGGACCCUCACGUGCAUGGAGGGUGGGAAGGACUACCCAUCUAGCACAGGCCUUCCCCAACACCAGGCCCCUCACAGUGGAGGGAAGCCACACAGGAACUCCAACUGCACAGAAGCCUUUGAAAGUGGACAAAAUGACUACAAGUGCGCUCAGUGUGGGAAAGGCUUCAGCCGAAAACAGAUACUUGUUCAGCACCAGAAAAUUCACACUGGAGUCAGGCCUCAUGAAUGCAGCAAAUGUGGAAUGGCCUUCAUUAGAAAGUUCCACCUUGUUCAACACCAGAAAAUCCACACUGGAGAAAGGCCUUUUAAAUGCAGUGAGUGUGGGAAAGCCUUUAGGUCCAAGUCCACACUCAUUAGUCACCAGAGAGUUCACACUGCUUUAAGCCCUUAUGAGUGCAGCAAAUGUGGGGGAUUCUUUAAGUAUAAAGCCAACUUCAUGAAACAUCAGAGAAUUCACAAUAGUGAAUGGCCUUAUGAGUGCAGAGAAUGUGGAAAAUUCUUUAGGUACAACUACAGACUGAUAAGACAUGAGAGAGUUCACACUGGAGAAAGGCCUUAUGAGUGCAGUGAAUGUGGGAAAUUUUUCAGGUAUAGUUCUACAUUCAUGAGACACCAGAGAGUUCACACUGCAGAAAGGCCUUAUGGUUGCAAUGAAUGUGGCAAGUUCUUCAGGUACAACUCCACACUUGUUAAACAUCAGAGAGUCCACACUGGAGAAAGGCCUUAUGAGUGCAGUGAGUGUGGGAAGUUCUUUAGGUACACCUCCACACUCAUUAGACAUCAAAGAGUUCACUCUGUAGAAAGGCCUUAUGAGUGCAGCUUAUGUGGGGAAUUUUUUAGGUACAAGUCCAAGCUCAUUAAACAUUGGCAAAAUCACACCGGAGAAAGACCUUAUGAGUGCAGUGAAUGCGGGAAAGCUUUUCGGUAUCACUGCAGACUCAUUAGACACAAGAGAGUUCACACUGGAGAAAGGCCUUAUGAGUGUAGUGAGUGUGGGAAAUUUUUCCGGUACAACUCCAACCUCAUUAAACAUUGGAGAAAUCAUACUGGCGAGAGGCCUUACGAGUGCAGUGAAUGUGGGAAAGCCUUUAGCCAUAAACAUAUACUUAUCGAGCACCAGAAAAUUCACAGUGGAGAAAGGCCUUUUGAGUGCAGCAAAUGUCAGAAGGCCUUCAUUAGAAAGUCCCACCUUGUUCAUCACCAGAAAAUCCACAAUCAGGACAGGUCUAUGAACACCAUGAAUGUGGGGAAUUCUUUAGAUGCAACGCCAACCUCGUUAAACAGAAUUCACACUGGCAAAGACUUCAUGAGUGCAGAGAAUACGGUAGAUCCUUUAGGUACCACUCUAAACUCAUUACACUGGCGAAUCGCCUUCUGAGUACAGUGAAUGUGGGAAAGUUUAGGUGCAACUGCAGCCCCAUCACACAUCAGAGAUUUCACAAUGGAGAAAGACCUUAUGAGGGCAGCAGACAUGGGCAUAUAUUCAGCCAAAACUCCCACCACAUUCUGGCACCAAAAAGUUCACACCAGAAAGAGUACUGCAAAUGGGGGAGAGACUUCAGCCAAAUGUCUGCUGUAAUUUAUCCCUGGGAGCUACUAUAAUGUAGUUGUUUAUUUUACAUUUGUAAUUGUAAAAUACAUGUAACAAAGUUAACCCUCUACCAUUUUAUUUGUACAGUUUAGUAAUGUUAAAAAAUUCAUGUAUCUGUGUAACUAAUCUCCAGUAUUCUUUUUAUCCUGCAAAAUUGAAACUAUAUUCAUUAAAUAACUCCUCCUAUCCCCCACCCUAUUGCACCUAGCAACCACAUUCUACUUUCUGUUUCUUUGAGUUUGACUACUCUGGAUACUUCAUAUAAGUGGAAUCACAGUGUUUGUCUUUUUGUAAAUGGCUUAUUUUGCUUAGCAUAAUUUCCCCCACGUUGAAGCAUUUGUCAGCAUUUCCUGCAGUUUUGAGAAGGAAUCAGAGUUGUCCCACCAAAGACAUGGGAAAUGGUGCCGAUGGAAUCAGUACAUUUUUGCCAGAUGUUAUGAUAUUUCUAGAGGAAGAGAAGACCUAGAUUUUAUAUGGAACCUUUAUUUAACAGCUUUAUUGAGGUAGUGACAUACAUUAAGUUGCAUUUAUUAAAACUGUAAAGUAUAUUUUCAUAUGUGUGUAUAAUGGGACCAUCACCAAAGUUAUGAUAAUGAACACAUCAUUGCCCCUAUAGUUUUCAUUGGACCCUUUGUAUUCUCUUUCUCCCAGCCUUAACCAAGUAGACACUAUAGUUUGCAUUUCUAGACUUUUUUUUUUCCAUGCAGGAGUCGAACUGGCAACCUUGCUGUUAGGAGCGCACGCUCUAUCCACUGAGCCAUCUGGGCGGCAGCUCAGCUCAAGGUGCUGAGUUCAGUCCCAGACAAUCUUGUCAUUAAAAGCUCGUGCUCUCACCAUCUCACCAGCUGAGCCAUCCUGCCACCUGUUGGCAGCUCAGCGGCAGCUUGGGCAAAGCUCACUGG